AUGUGUUCCCGACAGAGCUCCGGAGGCUGCCACGAGUCAUCCUCCCAGUCUGGGGGAUGCUGCAGUGGGGGCAGCUCCUCCAGCUACCAGGCACAGGGCUCCUCCUGCUGUGGGAGCUCCUCAGGAUACAGCAUAGGAGGAGGAUACAGUGGUGGCAGUGGGGGAUCAGGCCAGAAGAUCAUCAUUAGCUCAGGAGGAGGAGGAGGAGGAGGAGGAGGUUCCUCUGGAUGCUGUGGUGGAGGAUCCAGCAGUGGUGGGUCUUCUGGUGGCAAGAUUAUAAUUUCAGGAGGUGGGAGCAGUGGGGGAUCCUCUGGCUGCUGCAGUGGAGGAUCCUCAGGCUAUGGCACGGGAGGAGGAUACAGCAGUGGUGGUUACUCAGGAUCCAAGAGCAUCAUUGGAGGAGGUGGAAGCAGUGGUGGAUCCUCUGGAUGCUGUGGUGGGGGAUCCAGCAGUGGUGGGUCUUCAGGUGGCAAGAUCAUAAUUUCAGGAGGUGGAAGCAGUGGGGGAUCCUCUGGCUGCUGCAGUGGAGGCUCCUCAGGCUAUGGCGUGGGAGGAGGAUACAGCAGUGGUGGUUAUUCAGGAUCCAAGAGCAUCAUUGGAGGAGGUGGGAGCAGUGGUGGAUCCUCUGGCUGCUGCAGUGGGGGCUCCUCAAGCUAUGGCACAGGAGGAGGAUACAGCAGUGGUGGUUACUCGGGAUCCAAGAGCAUCAUUGGAGGGGGUGGAAGCAGUGGUGGAUCCUCUGGAUGCUGUGGUGGAGGAUCCAGCAGUGGUGGGUCUUCAGGUGGCAAGAUUAUAAUUUCAGGAGGUGGGAGCAGUGGGGGAUCCUCUGGCUGCUGCAGUGGGGGCUCCUCAAGCUAUGGCACAGGAGGAGGAUACAGCAGUGGUGGUUAUUCAGGAUCCAAGAGCAUCAUUGGAGGAGGUGGCAGCAGUGGUGGAUCCUCUGGAUGCUGUGGUGGAGGGUCCAGCAGUGGUGGGUCUUCAGGUGGCAAGAUCAUAAUUUCAGGAGGUGGGAGCAGUGGGGGAUCCUCUGGCUGCUGCGGUGGAGGCUCCUCAGGCUAUGGCACAGGAGGAGGAUACAGCAGUGGUGGUUACUCGGGAUCCAAGAGCAUCAUUGGCGGUGGAAGCAGUGGUGGAUCCUCUGGAUGCUGCGGUGGUGGCUCUUCCGGCUAUGGCUCUUCCAGCUACGGCAGUGGGGGUUCAGGCCAGAAGAUCAUCAUCAGCUCUGGAGGUGGAGGAGGAGGUUCAUCGGGGUGCUGUGGUGGAGGAUCCAGCAGUGGUGGAUCUUCUGGAGGCAAGAUCGUAAUUUCAGGAGGUGGCAGCAGUGGAGGAGCUUCUGGAUGCUGUGGUGGGAGUUCCAGUGGGGGCAGUGGCGGUUCCUCAGGCCACACCAUCAUCAUCGGCUCUGGAGGAGGCAGUGGUGGGUACGGCCAGUCCUCGCAGCAGAAAUGCCCCAUUGUCAUUCCUCACAUCGAGAGCCACCAGACCAAGCAGGCCUGCUACUUCCCCGGCCAGCAGAAGUGA